UGGGACGGGGACGGGAUCACCGACCGGACGAGCACCGUAGGCGGCUGGCCUGGCAGGGGGAGUGAAGGGGGGGAGCAGCCACGGCGACCUAACGCCACCGUACGAAAGUAGUUCCCGAGUGGGCUGAGCCCCGCUCUCGGUGCAGCCCCGCAGCAGGGAACGACGUGGAUUCCUCACCCGGAACAACACCGGACCACUGCCCACUUCUGGAAACUCUAUUUUUUUCAAAGAAAGGAAACACAUUUGGGAAGUAUUUGGAAGAAGCGCGCGCUGUUUAUGGAUUUAAUGGACUAACCAGGCACCAUCUCUAGAUACAAAAGACAUGUAAACAGGAAGCUUCAGAUUCUUAAAUGUCACCAGGAAAGGCACGGCUGUUUACACCCUUGGCAGAAAAGGAGCUGUGAGAUAACUGGCGAGCUGCUUAAGGGAUUAAUUUCUGAGAAACACUGCUUCCAAGGCAAGUGAGCCAUGCCUUUCAGGCUGAAGCUGAGGAGGACCAGGCGUUACAAUGUCCUGAGCAAGAAUUGCUUUGUAACACGCAUUCGAUUGCUGGACAGCAACGUCAUAGAGUGCACGCUGUCUGUGGAGAGCACAGGGCAGGAAUGCCUGGAAGCUGUAGCUCAGCGAUUGGAAUUGCGUGAGACUCAUUAUUUCGGACUUUGGUUCCUUAGUAAGACUCAGCAGGGACGAUGGGUGGAGUUAGAAAAAGCUCUGAAAAAACAACUGGACAAAUUUGCCAAUGAACCUCUCCUCUUCUUCGGAGUGAUGUUCUACGUACCCAGUGUGUCAAGACUACAGCAAGAGGUCACAAGGUAUCAGUAUUACCUUCAAGUAAAGAAAGAUGUGCUUGACGGGCGACUUCCUUGUACGUUGGAGCAAGGCAUCAGGCUAGCUGGUUUAGCCGUGCAAGCUGAUUUUGGAGAUUAUGGGCAGUAUGAGUCUCAGGAUUUCCUCAGGGAAUAUGUCUUGUUCCCAAUGGACUGGACUCAGGAUGAACGGAUGUUGGAGGAAAUGACAAUGAGGGUAGCAAUGCAACACCAGGCCUACAGUGGGAUGCCACCUGCAGAGGCAGAGUUGCUAUAUAUCAAGGAGGUGGAACAACUUGAAGGCUUUGGGCAAGAAAGUUUUCCGGCUAAGGACAGCAUUGGAAAUGAUGCUUUUAUUGGCAUUUCCUUUAUGGGAAUAUUUGUAAAGCUCAGGAAUGGACGUCCAACUACAACAUAUAGAUGGAAUGAGGUUGGAAAUAUUACACACAAUAAGUCUUCAAUUAAUGUAGAAUUAACAAGCAAAGAAGAAACUGUUUUGUUUCACACAGAUGACAUUGAAAUGGCAAAAUACAUCUCACGGUUGUUCACAGCAAGGCACAAAUUUUACAAACAGAACAAAAUUUGCACAGAACAAACGCAGUCAUGUUCCCCAACGCCUGUACGCAGACAACCUACAUGGAGCAGAUCAUCUUUGUCAAGACAGCAGCCUUUUAUACUGCCACCUAUGCACGUCCAAUAUGGAGAUUAUCCUGAAACAAACACCUCACAAGAUAGUAUUUACCAUGGCAAUGAGGAAGGGUUCUACUGCAGGUCUCAGAGUAGCUUGGACAGGUGUCCGAUGGAAUACAAUUACAUGAAUGGAACUGUGCCAAAUGGCAGUGUCUAUAGUGCGCCGAGUAUGAACUCAUUAAAUCAUUCACAAAACUUCAUCCAGGCAUCUCCCGUAUCCUCCAAUCUCAGCAUUCCUGGAAGUGACAUCAUGCGUGCAGAUUACAUCCCCAGCCACAGGCACAGUGCUAUCAUUGUGCCUUCGUAUAGGCCUACGCCUGACUACGAGACUGUGAUGCGGCAAAUGAAACGUGGUGUCAUUCAUAUGGAUAGUCAAAGCCAAUCACUGAGGAACCUCAAUAUUGGAAACACUCAUGCGUACAACCAGCCAGAAGCUAUGGUUUACAGUCAACCAGAGAUCAGGGACCAGUACCCCACUCGCUAUGGGUCAAAGCACAGUUACAAAAAACCUGUGCCCACAACUGCCCAACCAAAUGCCAACCAACCUGCGCCCAGCAGGACUGCAAACAGUGCAAUCUCCCACACAGUGAGCACCCCCGAACUUGCCAAUAUGCAGCUACAGAAUACGCAGAAUGCCAGUACCACCCACAUGUUGAGAAACCAUUUCUGCAGACCACCCCCUCCGUACCCCCGUCCUCGGCCUGCCACCAGUACGCCAGACCUUGCCAGUCACCGCCAUAAGUACGUGAGUGGCAGCAGUCCGGAUUUGGUUAGUCGGAGAGUGCAACUCUUUGUCAAGACAUUUCAAGAGGAUAGUUCGCCUGUGGUUCACCAGUCCUUGCAGGAGGUCAGCGAGCCCCUCACAACAGCCAAGCAUCAUGCAGCCGUUAACAAGCGUCACAGCCUGGAGGUGAUCAGCAGCAUGGUACGUGGUAUGGAGGCCAUGGCGCUGAAGACUUUAAGUGCUUCUGCCCCUCAGCGCAGGAACACCAUGCGUGAUCAACGUCGCCACGAGGAUCAGGUGCAGGAGGUUCAACAGCAGCCUCCAUAUCAUCACAAAAAGACGCUGUCAGAUGCCACCAUGCUUAUUCACAGCAGUGAGAGUGAAGAUGAAGAAGACAGUCCCGAUUACGAUGUUCAGAUUCCGGCAUUUAAUGACACAAUGGGCUACAGAGCACAGCUGCAGGCAGCAUUGGCAAAAAUACCAAACAAGCCCCCUCCUGAAUAUCCAGGAAACAAAAAGAGUGUAAGCAAUGGAGCCUUGAGGCACGAAGAGGAUAAAAGUGCUGAACUCAUUGUCAGGACCAAGUUGCCUGGUCCUGAACUUGAUACCUUCUCGAGAAAUGAACAGAUGAUGCUCAAUGGGUCGUCACUUGGGCCAUCUAUUUCUGAGCCUGACCUGACUAGCGUGAAAGAGCGUAUCAAAAAGGAGCCUGUCAAAGAAAGACCUGUGUCUGAACUUUUUUCUACUGAAGACAGUAUUGUGGAAAGGGAAAUCAUGUUGAGGAAUUUAGAAAAGCAGAAAUUGGCAGCAGCAGAAGCUCAGAAGAUAGGACCACUCAAGUGGGCUGCCCUCAAUGGUCUGUCGAUGGCUAGAGUUCCAGUGCUCGAGGACAGCCAAGAUGACACUUCAAAGGUCCUGAUGGAUGAAAGGUGUAAGAUGCUUGAAAGAAAGCUGGAGGAAGAUAUGGUGUUUACAGAAUAUGAGCAGAUCCCAAAGAAAAUGGUAGAUGGUGUUUUCACCACGGCAACUCUUCCAGAAAACGUAGAACGGAAUCGUUUCAGGGAUGUUGUUCCAUAUGAGGAGAACAGGGUGGAACUUGUGCCAACCAAAGAAAACAACACUGGCUACAUAAAUGCCUCUCAUAUAAAGGUUACUGUGGCUGGAGAAGACUGGCACUAUAUUGCUACACAGGGACCCCUGCCUCAUACGUGCCAUGACUUCUGGCAAAUGGUGUGGGAGCAAGGAGUGAAUGUUAUUGUCAUGGUUACAGCGGAAGAGGAGGGAGGAAAACCAAAGACCCAUCGAUACUGGCCCAAACUGGGCUCAAAACACAGCUCAGCAACUUAUGGAAAAUUUAAGGUGACAACAAAAUUCCGCACAGAUUCUGGUUGCUAUGCAACUACAGGUUUAAAAGUCAAGCACCUGUUGUCUGGGCAGGAGAGGACCGUAUGGCAUUUGCAGUACACAGACUGGCCAGAUCAUGGCUGUCCAGAAGAUGUUCAGGGUUUCUUGUCUUACCUUGAAGAAAUUCAGUCAGUUCGGCGGCACACCAACAGCAUGCUGGACUCCAACAGGAGCUGUAAUCCACCAAUAGUUGUGCACUGCAGUGCAGGAGCUGGAAGAACAGGGGUGGUGAUUCUAACAGAAGUUAUGGUUGGUUGCUUGGAGCACAAUGAGAAGCUGGAAGUGCCAGUUAUGCUGGGAUUUCUCCGUCAACAGCGGAUGUUAAUGGUACAGACUAUAGCCCAAUACAGGUUUGUCUACCAGGUCCUCAUACAGUUCCUGAAGAACUCUCGACUGAUUUAGCUACAAAUUUAUAUUUUGAAUUUGAACCAUCUUACCAUUUAGCCGUGGAAAUGGAGCUAGCUCUUUCAAAAAAUAUCAAGUCAGUAUGGCAAGUACUGUGUCUUUUGGUACUUUGACUUUUGGAAGUGAUUCUGUAGCAAAUCUUGCUAGUUUCAAAUAAGAUUCAGUGGGAGCUUGCCGUGAAUUCUGAAUUACUGAAGUAGCAAGAAAGAACAUUUAAUACACAGACUUGCCAGGGGAAGAUGGUGGAAUUUCUUUAACACAAAGAUAAUUUCCAACCAAAAGAAAUGGAACACUGUCUUGAGUGAAUGUUGGAAAUGCUGCACUCUUAAUCAUUUAAUAUUUUAAUUAUAUCUAUUAAUUUUAUGACAAUUCAAUCUUUUAUAUUUUGAAUUCCAUUUCUCUCAAGGCUUUCAAACUUGUCUGCAGGAUUUUAUCUAUACAUGUAGCACAGCAAUCAUGGGUAAUUUGUGGAAAGUGUUUCUUUCAGAGCAAGUCUGGCUCACAUUAGUAUUAUUUGUCUUUAUAAUCAACCAAGCUCUCUGCUAUCUAACUCAAAACUAUGGCAUGUAACAGUAAGCUCUGUAUGCCCAAUGACAUUUUCUUCAUGGAGGGUGAAUGGGUUCAACAUUGCUUAAGUGACUUAGGGUUGGACUAAUUACAAGGAAACACAAUAACAAGCAUUUAUUUUAAAGUAAGUCUAUAGUAAGAAUCUGGAAAUUCAUUAGUACUUCAAUUGUGGGGCAGGGCAAAUUUCAAAACCAAAAGAGAAUAUAUGGGAUUUAUUCCCUUGGAACUUCAAAUGUUAACAUUCUUUCAUGUCUGAGAAACUGGAUGUGAUUUUAAAAAAAUACAAGUAUCUUUUGAUACAUUUAUAUGCCCAAAAGCACAGCAGCCCAAAAUUUUGCUCUAUUCUCUACUUAAGCUAAUGAUCAAAUAAAGUUUCAUAGACUGUUGAAACAAAAAAACUUAAGGUUAAUUAUAUAUAAGUAGACAUCUGGUCACUAAUUAAAAUGGCAGUAUUUUCAUGUUUGUUCAAGAUUUAUUACUAAACUGAACUGUAGAUUUUGUCAGUUCUACACUAAAUGCUGUGUUAUAUGCCAUUAUCCUGAGAACUGCUACUGCCUACAUUCUUUCAAAUGCUUCCUUUAUGGAUGCUGUUUGAUUUGUAGUAUCUCCAGCAAUUGUUUCAGAAUUUUUGUAUCAGAAUUUUUGUAAUAAUUAUUUAUUUUUUAAAUAUUUGCACCAGUUUAUAGUGCAAGAGAGAACUGGGUGUAUAUGAGAUUUAUGUUCCAAAUAAAAACAAAAUCCCUGUUAA